UACGCGUCAUGAAAAUCGGUGUACUAUCAGGAGGAAGGUCGUCAUCGUCACCGUGGAGAGAGAGAAAUUUUAUUGAGAUUGAGAGAGAAAUCGCCGGCGUUUUCUCGGGAUUCCCGCCGGAAAAUUUGUUUAAAGCUCUGCCGCAAGUUUUUGACCGGAAAUGCUUCUUCAUCUUCUUGAAAUGGCAGGGAAUUAAUACUUCAAGGCUUUUUCUUCCUACGAAACCUCGUUGGCUUCCUUCUCUGGGACGCCAUUGUUGUUGAGUUUCUUGUUACUGGCUAGGAGAUUGAAUGGGUGAUCGAUCGUGGUUGUGAUUGGAGUUCAGUUUUCGUAGCUGUGUGAAGUGGUGAUUUUCGUUUUUUGAUUUCCUCGUUUGAGCAUUAUUGUUCUAGUGUUUGUUUGAGGCGAAAUGGGUGAUACUGAAGAUGCUCGUACUGAUAACUUGCGAAAUCUUCAAUGUUCGUUUGGAACAUCUUCAUCUUCUGCUUUAAAGCAUCAUUUCUCUAUGGAUCAACUUAAAAUUUCUCAAAUGACCUGCUCUCAAGGCCGUCCACAGCAUUUCCAGUCGAAUUUUCUUGGGGAUAAUAAUAGACGAAUUGGGAUACCUCCUUGUCCUAACUCGCCGCAGGUCCCACCAAUCUCACCGUAUUCUCAGAUCCCGGUAUCUCGUCCGAUGAACCAACAUAGUUAUAAUUCAGUUCCUACUCAUUCUCGAUCGUUAUCUCAGCCUUCUUUUUUCUCUCUCGAUUCUUUGCCCCCUUUAAGUCCGUCCCCAUUUCGUGAUUCCCCAUCUACAUCGAAUUCAGAUCAGGUUUCUGCGGAUACGUCAAUGGAGGAUAGGGAUGCCAGUUCACAUUCUUUGUUGCCUCCUUCACCUUAUACGAGGGCCAAUUCUUCGAAGAUGAGUGAUGCUUUACCUCCUCGUAAAGCCCAUAGGCGGUCUAACAGUGAUAUUCCAUUUGGAUUAUCUUCGAUGAUUCAGUCACCUCCUGUUCUCCCUUUUAGUGGCUCAGGUGGAUUGGAGCGAUCAACAAGUAGCAAAGAGAAUGCGGGGAUAUUUAAGCAAGCCAGCCAGUUUGUUAAAAGAGAACCUAGUUUGGAGAAAAGCAUUGAUAACCAUAUGGAAGGAAUGGGUGAAAAGAAGUCUGAAGGGGACACUGUGGAUGAUUUGUUCUCUGCUUAUAUGAAUUUGGAUAAUAUUGAUUUGUUCAACUCCUCAGUGACUAACGACAAGAAUGGUCAUGAGAAUCGGGAGGAUUUGGAUAGUAGAGGCAGUGGUACAAAGACAGGGGGUGAGAGCAGUGAUAAUGAAGCAGAAAGCAGUGUUAACGAAAGUGGGGAUAACUCUCAAAUGCCUGGAUUGAAUUCGUCUGCCGAGAAGAGGGAAGGGAUUAAACGGACUGCUGGGGGAGAUAUUGCUCCAAAUAACAGACAUUACCGGAGUAUCUCUAUGGAUAGCUUCAUGGGCAAGUUGCAGUUUGGUGAUGAGUCACCCAAAAUGCCUCCUACACCACCCGGCAUUCGUCCCGGGCAACUUUCUUCAAACAACCUAGUUGACGGUAAUUCAACUCCAUUCAGCUUGGAGUUUGGUAAUGGUGAGUUCAGUGGGGCUGAACUGAAGAAAAUUAUGGCAAAUGACAAACUAGCUGAGAUUGCACUAACUGAUCCCAAACGUGCAAAGAGGAUCUUGGCAAACCGUCAGUCUGCUGCUCGAUCAAAAGAACGAAAAAUGCGCUAUAUAUCUGAGUUGGAACACAAGGUUCAGACGCUUCAGACAGAAGCUACCACGCUGUCUGCCCAACUCACACUUCUGCAGCGAGACUCAGUCGGACUUACAAACCAGAAUAACGAGCUGAAGUUCCGUCUCCAAGCCAUGGAACAGCAAGCACAACUACGGGAUGCUCUAAACGAAGCGUUAACUGCUGAGGUUCAGAGAUUGAAACUUGCUACAACCGAUAUAAACGCACAAUCUCAUCCCUCAAAUGGGGUAAUGGCUCAAUCUUCUAUGAACCACCAUGGACUCCAGCUUCAGCAGCACCAACAACAGCAACAUAUGCAGCAGAAUGGAAGUGCAGCCACAAAACCAGAAUCCAACCAAUAAUUUGUUUUUUUUUUUCUCGUGGAAGAUAUAUAGAUGAGUUUCAUUGUCUCUUUGAUCAUCUUGUUCAUUUAUAGAAAUAUAUUCAUUGUUGUAAGGUAGCUUAUUACUAUUAUUUGCAUUUGUCAAAUAUCCACCCCCCAACACAGUCUUUCCAAAGUUGUGUAAAUCACUCUUCUAUAAUUUUAUAUGCUUUAAUCUUGCAAUUGUUUAGAGAGAGUCUAGGCAAAUCUUGUUACCAAAAAGAGAAGUGUACUUGAUGAUUAAUUACUUUAUAUGAUAUUUUAGAAUGGGAAUUCCCUUUUUUUUUUCU